AUAAAACCUUUUAAAAAUCUGAAGAACAGUAAAUGAGCUGCGAGAAUAAUUUCCACCAGAAAUUAUUUGUACCUUGUAAGGAAUGACCCCCAAGCCUCCGUAUGCUGCUUCUUGCUUCAGAGGAACAAAAACGGCGCACACAUACAGUCGGACCCCUUUUCUCUCCCGCGCAGGUGUUUCCACUAACACUGGGAUUUCAGGUCUUCAGAUUCAAGCCAGGUGGAGCCACGACGGACACAUCCCGACGUCAUGACACUCUGCAAACAGCGAAGCGCACCAAGAGGAGGAGGACGCGGAAUGGGUAACAUUACACGGCCACCAGGAGGAGAAAUCAAGGAUUACUUACAGAGUCCGCUCAUUGUACAAGAGGAUUCUGGUCAUGCACCGGUUCCUCCCGAUAGAUUUAAGAGCCCUCGGUGACCAGUAUGUGAAAGACGAGUUCAGAAGACACAAACGUUCAUCACCAGAGGAGGUGAAGAGCUUCAUGACAGAGUGGGAGCAAUACAAGGACACCCUGCAAACUCAGGUACUGGAGUCAGCGGGGGAGCAAUUCAGCUCAGUCAAGUUUGGAGCCAACCUGUCAGAGGGGAAAUUCAGUGAAUUCCAGGACGAACAGAUCGGCCAACUGUAUGAACUCAUGUUGGAGUCCACUAAACCCAACAGACAGUUUGACAUCCAGGAGGACAGCAAAUGAAGCAGCCAACCACUGAGAUGUUUUCCGACAACAAAUAAUACAAGGUGCUGUGAUUCAGACCACUAAUAUUACCGCUGAGUUCUUCAGAUGAAGAGUGCUACUCAAAGGAAGACUAAAGGCUUUUAAAAAUCUUUGAUUAUAUUAAAAUGCUCUCCAAUA